AUGCAGUAUCCAGGGAAAGAGUCCGGCCAGCAGGAGUCCGUCCAGCAGGAGUCCGUCCAGCAGGAGUCUGUCCAGCAGGAGUCCGUCCAGCAGGAGUCCGGCCAGCAGGAGUCUGGCCAGCAGGAGUCCAGCCAGCAGGAGUCCGGCCAGCAGGAGUCCGGCCAGCAGGAGUCCGGCCACCAGGAGUCCGGCCAGCAGGAGUCCGUCCAGCAGGAGUCUGUCCAGCAGGAGUCUGUCCAGCAGGAGUCCGUCCAGCAGGAGUCCGGCCAGCAGGAGUCCGGCCAGCAGGAGUCCGGCCAGCAGGAGUCCGGCCACCAGGAGUCCGGCCAGCAGGAGUCCGGCCACCAGGAGUCCGGCCAGCAGGAGUCCGUCCAGCAGGAGUCCGUCCAGCAGGAGUCUGUCCAGCAGGAGUCCGUCCAGCAGGAGUCCGGCCAGCAGGAGUCUGGCCAGCAGGAGUCCAGCCAGCAGGAGUCCGGCCAGCAGGAGUCCGGCCAGCAGGAGUCCGGCCACCAGGAGUCCGGCCAGCAGGAGUCCGUCCAGCAGGAGUCUGUCCAGCAGGAGUCUGUCCAGCAGGAGUCCGUCCAGCAGGAGUCCGGCCAGCAGGAGUCCGGCCAGCAGGAGUCCGGCCAGCAGGAGUCCGGCCACCAGGAGUCCGGAGUCCGGCCAGCAGGAGUCCGUCCAGCAGGAAUCUGUCCAGCAGGAGUCCGUCCAGCAGGAGUCCGGCCAGCAGGAGUCCGGCCAGCAGGAGUCCGGCCAGCAGGAGUCCGGCCAGCAGGAGUCCGGCCAGCAGGAGUCCGUCCAGCAGGAGUCUGUCCAGCAGGAGUCCGUCCAGCAGGAGUCCGUCCAGCAGGAGUCCGGCCAGCAGGAGUCCGGCCAGCAGGAGUCCGGCCAGCAGGAGUCCGGCCACCAGGAGUCCGGCCAGCAGGAGUCCGUCCAGCACUAGUCCGUCCAGCAGGAGUCUGUCCAGCAGGAGUCCGUCCAGCAGGAGUCCGGCCAGCAGGAGUCCGGCCAGCAGGAGUCCAGCCAGCAGGAGUCCGGCCACCAGGAGUCCGGCCAGCAGGAGUCCGGCCACCAGGAGUCCGGCCAGCAGGAGUCCGUCCAGCAGGAGUCUGUCCAGCAGGAGUCUGUCCAGCAGGAGUCCGUCCAGCAGGAGUCCGGCCAGCAGGAGUCCGGCCAACAGGAGUCCGGCCAGCAGGAGUCCAGCCAGCAGGAGUCCGGCCAGCAGGAGUCCGGCCAGCAGGAGUCCGGCCAGCAGGAGUUCGGCCAGCAGGAGUCCUCCGUCCAGCAGGAGUCCGUCCAGCAGGAGUCUGUCCAGCAGGAGUCCAUCCAGCAGGAGUCCGGCCAGCAGGAGUCCUGCCAGCAGGAGUCCGGCCAGCAGGAGUCCAGCCAGCAGGAGUCUGGCCAGCAGGAGUCCGGCCAGCAGGAGUCCGGCCAGCAGGAGUUCGGCCAGCAGGAGUCCUCCGGCCAGCAGGAGUCCAGGCAGCAGGAGUCCAGCCAGCAGGAGUCCGGCCAGCAGGAGUCCGGCCAGCAGGAGUCUGGCCAGCAGGAGUCCGGCCGGCAGGAGUCCGGCCAGCAGUGGUCCAGCCAGAACCCAGCAGCCCGCAGCGGUCCGGCCGGCAGCGGCCCGGCCGGCAGCAGUCCGGCCGGCAGCGGUCCGGCGGCAGCGGCCCGGCCGGCAGUGAGAUCGCCGGCGCCAUAGUGCGCUGGAUCGCUGUGGGCGCAGCCCCAGAUCGCGGCCUGUUGACCAGGCUGUUUGCUGAGUGA